AUGGCUGGUGACGACUACGACUUGGAUGUGCCUGGCACAGAACAACUUGUGGAUGUCAAUCACGAGGUCCAUGCAGUCCAUGCCAAAGGAUCGAGUGACAUCGUCUUGAUACCUCAGCCUAGCAAUGCGGGCACUGAUCCUCUGCGCUGGCACCGGUUCAAGAAGUAUUAUCAACUCUUCUUGCUCGCUCUGUAUGCGUGUGCGUUCUCCUAUGGCGAAAACACCCUCGGAGCUGCAUGGACAACUGUGUCCGAGGACACGGGUGUAAGUCUGACGAACAUGAAUGGAGGUUCCGCGUUGAACUAUCUCCUUCUGGGCUUCGUCAACAUAUUCUGGAUCCCGACAGCAAUGAAAAUCGGUCGCCGGCCUGUCUUUCUGGCAUCCACAGCCAUCUGCAUGUGUGCAGGUGUCUGGCUGGGUUACUUCCACGGAACAGCUUCUUGGAUGCUCGCUAUGGUCCUAAACGGCGUCGGAACUGCUGCAUACCAAGCUGUCAUCCAGCUGAGUGUCUUCGACAUGUUCUAUACUCAUCAACGCGGUCGCAUGUUGAGUUUUUACCUGUUCGGGCAACAACUCGGCUCAAUUCUUGGCCUAAUUACUGGCGGAAGCAUAGCAGAUAAUCUCGGGUGGCGUUGGAGUCAGUAUAUAGUGGCCAUCAUCGAUGGGGGCGUCUUGGUUCUCCUCUUUCUCACAUUCGAAGAGACGUUGUUCCCAAGGUUUUUGUUUAGCCGCUUCGACGGCACCGUGGUCAGGACUGGACAACCCGUUUCAACUGUGGCCAAUACCAAAGACGUCGAGAACACAUUGACAAGCACCGAGACCCCGAGUGAGCCAGAAGUGGACAAUGCUUUGGCAUCUCAAUUUCCCAAGCGGACCUAUUUGGAGAAAUUGAAGCCGUGGGUAUACUUCCCUCAGGACAAGACAGGCUACUGGCAAUAUUUCCGCCGACCUUUUCUGCUGUUCACCUUCCCCAACAUUGUGAUCGCCGGAGUCAUCUUUGCGUUCGGCUGUACGGCGGGUAUCGUGUCAUUCAACACCAUCUCCGAGAUCAUGACCGAGCCACCAUACAACUGGUCAACCACCUCGACUGGUCUCAUUUUCCUCGCGGCGCUUGUUGGCAACUUUGUCGGCUGGGCCACGGGUGUUCUCAGUGACCACAUUGUCAUUUUCCUGGCUCGUCGGAACAACGGUAUCAAAGAACCAGAGAUGAGAUUGUGGACACUGUGUUUCUCGUUCGUGUAUGCCGCUGUCGGUUAUCAGCUGUACGGCUGGGGUGCCAACGGCGGCUUGCAUUGGAUGACGGUCGCUUUUGGUGUGGGCAGUAUGAUUGCGCACCAAGUGUCGGCCUGCUCGAUUGCCACGGCGUAUGCCAUGGAGUGUUUCCCUGGAAUUGCAGGUGAACUGGUCGUCGUGCUGGCCAUUUGCUCUUCGUGCAUCAACUUUGCCAUCUCGUACUCUGUGCAGCCAUUCAUCAAUGCCACCAACUACGGCUACACGUUCCUGUUCUUUGGACUCUGCGUGCUGUGCUCAAUGUUGGCCGCUAUCCCGACUUACAUAUACGGCAAGACAUGGCGACGAAAUGCAGCACCAAAAUGGAGAACAUGGCUGGCUGAGAGAGAGCUACAAUAA